CAGGUCGCUAUCAAUAAAAUCAGGUACGCACGUACUUGGCGUUGUUUCUACUGCACGGGAUCUUCGGUUUUGGUGCAGGGACAGCCAAUAAAAGACAAAGUCAAUCUCAACUAACUGAAGCGAAUUGCUUGUGUUAUUUCUCUCUUAUCCUUUUGCUACCCAACAUCUACUUGGAAAAACAGACAAUCAUGAAUAUUCACAUCAAGUUUUUGGCACUUGCCACCAUCUCUUGGGGAGCUUCGGCCUUUAUCGUAAAGCCGGCGCACCCUUUGGUGACCAAACUACACAGCUUUCAACCACAACCUGGCCCGCCUGGACCAGGUGUGGCUUCCCCUUCUCCAAGUGGUAUGGGAGGUCCAGCCUUUGCGUCCUCACCGCCAGUCCCAGCAGCCACUAGUGGAGCCCUAGGAAGAGCUGACGGAGAAAAUCCCGCCAAGCGAGCGGCUGAUGUCCAACUGGCCUCGACUGUUUUCAGCAAGUUAACACCGGUAACUGUUCAAGGUAGCUCCCUUCGAACAUGGUCUGGAACCAGCUCUUCCGUGGAACGUGUGCAGGUAUUUUUGAAGACUGAUGGCCGUCCACUGAAUACUGACAUCGAAUUGUGGCAAGGACCUGAUAAUACCCCUCAGAAAAUGAAGGUUUACAUUGAAGAUGGUAUGCUGCGUCCUUUCAGCUGUGUUAUCGCGACACCCAGUGGACCAAAUGCAAUUGCUAUUCGCAAUACUGGUCCUCUGGAAUUCCCUCUUUCAGCUUGUGUUAUGCCUGAUGUGGAAGGUUCUAUUGGCGAUGUCUUCAGUGACCUUUCAGAAAGGAGUUCUCCAAAGGUUAUUCAAGGAGGUGCUAUCCAUACCUACCCGUUUUCUCCCCAGGUAGCCAGUGUCCAAGUUCUGCUAAUGACGGAUGGACGUCCCCUGAAUGCACGAGUUGAAUUGUUGCAAGGUCCCAACAAUAACAAGCAAGUAUUCCAAGUAUACACAGAAGACGGUAUGGAGCGCCCAUUCUUCACUGUGAUUGAGACCCCUGGAACUGGUAAUGUUGUCCGACUGGUCAACACUGCCACUGUGGAAUUCCCCAUGACGGCUUAUGUCGAGCCUUAUGUGGUCGAAUACGCCGGAAAGGACGGAGCCGAAGGAGACAGCUACUUCAUUGUGACUUAA